AUGUACAUCAAGUCAAUUAUUCUUGAAGGAUUUAAAUCCUAUGCUGAGAGGACGGAAAUUCGUGACUUUGACCCAUUAUUCAAUGCCAUUACUGGCUUGAAUGGUAGUGGCAAGUCUAAUAUCUUGGACUCGAUCUGUUUCCUUCUGGGAAUUUCCAAUUUGUCACAGGUGCGAGCUUCCAGUAUGCAGGACCUUGUUUAUAAAAAUGGGCAAGCUGGAGUUAAUAAAGCAACUGUGUCUAUUACCUUUGAUAACUCUGACAAGAGAGUAAGUCCUCUGGGAUUUGACUCUUGUGAUGAAAUCACCAUCACUAGGCAGGUUAUUGCUGGAGGUAGAAAUAAGUAUCUUAUCAAUGGUAUGAACACUACCAACUCUCGUGUGCAGGAUAUCUUCUGUUCUGUUGGGCUCAAUGUCAAUAACCCUCACUUCCUUAUUAUGCAGGGACGAAUUACCAAAAUUUUAAAUAUGAAGCCACCAGAGAUUUUAGCUAUGAUUGAAGAAGCAGCUGGCACUAGGAUGUAUGAAAGCAAGAAAAUAGCAGCCCAGAAAACCAUAGAGAAAAAGGAAGCCAAACUGAAAGAGAUUCAAACGAUCUUAAGUGAAGAGAUCACUCCAACUUUACAGAAACUGAAAGAGGAACGAUCAUGCUACCUGGAAUACCAAAAAGUAGUUCGAGCAGUAGAACAUUUAAGCCGUCUCUGUAUAGCUUACCAGUUUUUUGUGGCUGAAAAGACACAGCAGACUUCUGCUGAAGUAUCAAUGGAAAUGCAGGAUAAUAUAACGAAAUUUCAGGAGUCCAUUGCUGAAAGUGAAAAGAAGGUGAAACAGCUUAAUGAAGAAAUAGCAGAGAUGGAAAAGGAAAGGGAUAAGGAAGUUAGUGGUAUGCUCCGUUCACUGGAAAGUGCUUUUACAGAAAAUCAAAGAGUUAAUACUAAAGCACAAAGUGCCCUUGAUCUCAAGAAGCAAAACUUGAAAAGUGAAGUGGAAAAGUAUGAAGAACUGGUAAAAAGUAUGCAGGAGGAUUCUGAAGCAUUAGUGUCAAAGGAGAAAGAAGUCAAGAAUAAAGAGGGUGAGCUAACUGCUUUACAGGAAGCAAAGGAUAAAGAUGCAGAUGCUUUAGCUGCAGCACAACAGCAUUUUAAUGCGGUGUCUGCUGGCUUGUCCAGCAAUGGUGAUGGGGCAGCAGCCACUCUUGCUGAGCAGAUGAUGACCUGCAAAAAUGAAAUCAGCCAAGCAGUCACAGAGGCUAAGCAGGCCCAAAUGAAGUUGAAUUAUGCACGACAAGAAUUAAAGAAUAAGCAAGCUGAAGUUAAAAAGAUGGAUGGAGGCUACAAGAAAGAUCAAGAAGCACUUGAAGCUAUCAGAAAAACGAAAGAAAAACUAGAGCACGAAAUGAAGAAGCUGAACUAUGAAGAAGAGAAAGAAGCAACCCUUUUAGCAAAAAAGAAGGCAUUGAGUCAUGACAUCAUCCAGCUGAGAGAACUGUAUGAAGGCUUAAUGGCAAAGUUUCCUCAGCUACACUUUGAAUACAAGGAUCCAGAAGAAAAUUGGGAUGCAAACAGCGUGAAAGGUCUUGUUGGAUAUCUUAUCAAUCUGAAAGAUCUGUCCAAAGCAAAAGCCCUAGAAGCAGUGGCUGGAAGGAAACUCUAUCACAUUGUUGUGGACACAGAGGUUACUGGCAAAAAGCUUUUAGAAAAGGGUCAACUAAAGCAUCGAUACACCAUCAUCCCACUAAACAAGAUUGCAACCAGGUGUCUUGGAAAGAGCACAGUCAAGUUGGCCCAAACAUUGGCUGGUGCUCAGAACGUGCAAUUAGCCCUUUUUCUAGUUACAUAUGAUGCUGAGCUGCUGAAAGCAAUGGAGUUUGUCUUUGGAACAACACUGGUCUGUAAUAAUAUGGAUAAUGCUAAGAAAGUGACCUUUGACAAAAGGAUAAUGGCAAGAAGUGUUACAGUUGAUGGAGAUGUGUUUGACCCACAGGGCACUCUGUAUGGAGGUGCGAGCUCAAGGGCUGCACCAAUAUUAUCUAAACUUCAAGAAGUAAAAAACGCUGAAUCACAACUCAAGAUGAAGAAAUGUGAACUCAAAAAUGUAGAGGAUGAGCUGGAAAGCUUGAAGGUUGUUGCUGAAAGGUACCGGCAGCUGAAGCAGCAGUGGGAGAUGAAGUCUGAGGAAGCAGAGCUGCUGCAAACAAAGCUUCGUCAAAGUGCUUAUCACAAACAGGAGGAAGAGCUGCUCACCCUGAAGAAAACAAUUGUGGAGUGUGAAGAGGCAUUGAAGAAAAGUGAAGAGAGCCAAAAAAAAGCAGAAGAUAAAUACAAGGUAUUAGAGAGUAAAAUGAAAAAUGCAGCUGCAGAAUCUGAAAAAGAGCUAAAAAAUGCCCAGAAGAAGCUGGAUGAUGCUAAGAAAAAGGCUGAUACUUCAAUCAAAAAAAUGAAAGAAAAGCAGCAGGAAGUUGAAGCUUUACUUCUUGAACUCGAAGAGCUGAAACAAGAACAGGCCUCCUAUAAACAAAAGAUUGCAGCUACAGAUGAAGCCAUCAAGUCCUACCGUAAUCAAGUUAAUGCUUUGGAAGAUGAGGUGUUUAAGACAAAGGAAUCUGUAGAGAAAUCACAGAAGGAGCUGGCCAAGCAAAAGGAAGUAAUUGCAUUACAGGAUAAAGCAAUUAAAGCCAAAUCUGCAGAGGCAGCAAAAUACAAAGAACAGAGUAAUGAAUUGCAGCUUAAGGUUAAAGCAUUAGAACACAAGAUCAGCAGACAUCAACAAGAGGCUGCUGAUGCUGCUGCCAAGGUGAACAAAAUGCUGAAUGAGAAUGCGUGGAUAGCUACAGAGAAGUCUCUGUUUGGUCAGCCAAACUCAGGUUAUGAUUUCAAAACCAACAAUCCUGAAGAAGCAAGUCAGAAGCUGCAGGUAUUGCAGGAGAAAAAAAAGAAGCUGGGAAGGAACGUGAACAUGAGUGCUAUGAAUAUGCUUGCUGAGGCAGAGGAGAAGUACAAUGACUUAAUGAAGAAAAAAAGAAUUGUAGAGAAUGACAAGUCAAAAAUUCUUACAGCUAUUCAAGAGCUUGACCAGAAGAAAACUGAAGCUUUACAUAUUGCUUGGAAAAAGGUGAAUGAAGACUUUUGUUCAAUUUUUUCCACGCUUCUGCCAGGAGCCAAAGCUAUGCUAGUAGCCUCUAAACCCCACAAUAUCUUGGAAGGUCUGGAGUUCAAAGUUGCCUUAGGAAAAACCUGGAAGGAUGACUUAACAGAACUGAGUGGAGGGCAAAGAUCGUUGGUGGCCUUGUCCUUGAUCUUCUCAAUGCUGCUCUUUAAGCCUGCCCCGAUUUACAUCUUAGAUGAAGUGGAUGCAGCCCUUGAUCUGUCUCAUACCCAGAAUAUUGGGCAGAUGCUUAAUGCUCAUUUCAAACACUCCCAGUUUAUUGUGGUGUCCUUGAAGGAUGGAAUGUUUAGCAAUGCAAAUGUCCUCUUCAAGACCAAGUUUGUGGAUGGUGUAUCCACAGUUACACGAUAUGAGCAGGUUCCAAGGAAUGCUGCACUCAUGAAAAAACAUAAUAUUGAGAAGCAAGUAACACAAGGAGAACAGUAAACUUCUCUAUUGGCACUGCACAUGCAGUAUCAGCUUCUGAGUGUUCUUUGUCCCCAGUAUUUCACUAUGCCAGGAAGAAACUCUUAACUUUUCUUGAAACAAAUUUUUAUGUCUUAGUUCUUUUAAGAUUUUCAUUAAGAACCUAAGGUCAUAGGAGCCUUUGUUUGUGC